CCAGCACAGAUUUAUCUCGUUCUGACUCUCACACUGAUUUAUUCUGACCAUAUGCUUUCUUUUUGGUUCUCCGUUUUGUGAAGGAAAGGUCUUUGGUGUUUUGUGUUGUUGUGUGCUGUUCUUGAGCUGAAGUUAGCGAAAUGUUGAGAGUGAAGGGAGGGAAAAGGCCACCUUGGGUGGGACUUGGAGCUGCCGUGUGGGUUCAGAUUUGUUCAGGAAAUGGCUACACUUUCCCUCUCUACUCUCAUUCCUUGAAAUCCGUUUUGGGUUUCAACCAGAGCCAGAUUACUCUGCUUGGUGUUGCCAAUGAUAUUGGUGAGAACCUUGGCAUUCUUCCUGGUCUCGCCUGCAACAAGUUCCCCCCUUGGCUCAUUCUUCUCAUUGGUGGUCUCUUAUCAUUCCUUGGUUUUGGUGUUCUCUGGCUCGCUAUUUCUAAAACAUUUGACUGCGUUCCUUUCAUUGUGCUAUGGCUUGCACUUGCUGUAGCUACCAACAGCUGUGCAUGGUUAUCUACUGCUAUUCUUGUCACCAACAUGAGAAAUUUCCCUGUCAGUAGAGGCACAGUUGCAGGAGUCCUGAAAGGUUAUUCGGGGCUCAGUGCUGCAGUUUUUACGGAAAUUUACAGCGUGGGUUUUCAUAAUUCUUCACCCAACUUCCUGUUGUUCCUUGCCAUUGGUAUUCCUGCUUUAUGCUUCAGUACAAUGUUUCUUGUUCGGCCUUGCACUCCGGCUUCCGGUGAAGAUUCUUCUGAAAACAGUCAUUUUUUAUUCAUCCAAGUUGCUAGUGUAGCCUUGGGUUUAUACUUACUUGCAACAACAAUACUCGACAACUUUGUCCCCAUGAAUUAUACAGUAUCAUUUGUUAUGUUGGCUGUGAUGAUUCUCCUUCUCUUGGCCCCCCUUGCAAUCCCUAUAAAGAUGACACUGUGCCCCAGAAAAGCAUCUGCAUCAGAAACACCAGAGCAACAUGUUGGAUCUUCCGACUUUCUGGUUCAAGAUGGCAAGGUGGACAACACAGAACCCUUGCUAUCAUCUUCAUCAACCAGUGGCCUUGGAAGUUUUAAUGAUGUGGAUGGUUCAGCUGAGGUGGCCAUGCUUCUCGCUGAGGGUGAGGGGGCAGUGAGGAAGAAGAGAAGGCCCAAGAGAGGGGAAGAUUUUAAGUUUACCGAGGCUCUCGUUAAGGCAGAUUUCUGGCUACUGUUUUUUGUUUACUUUGUUGGGGUUGGAACAGGGGUUACCGUUCUGAAUAAUUUGGCUCAGAUUGGCAUUGCACAAGGUAUGGAAGAUACCACUGUUUUGCUGUCAUUAUUCAGCUUUUUCAAUUUUGUGGGUCGGCUAGGUGGAGGAGUUGUUUCAGAACAUUUUGUCAGGACAAAAACGAUUCCAAGGACAAUUUGGAUGACAUGCACGCAGAUAAUUAUGAUAUUCUUGUACCUUCUCUUUGCAUAUGCUAUCAAGGGAACACUUUAUCCUGCAAUUGCAGUUCUUGGCAUCUGCUAUGGCGUGCAAUUUUCCAUAGUGAUUCCCACUGUUUCAGAGCUUUUUGGGUUGAAACACUUUGGUUUGUUGAGCAACUUCAUGGGUCUGGGGAAUCCACUUGGUGCAUCACUUUUCUCGGCUCUUCUAGCAGGACACGUAUAUGAUAACGAGGCAGCAAAACAACAUGGCGAAGGCCUCAUUGCUUCAGGUGUUGCAUGUAUUGGUCCAAGUUGUUUUCAGCUAACCUUUUUCACUCUGGCUGGUGUGUGUGUUGCGGGUACUCUCUCCAGCAUUAUCUUGACUAUAAGAAUUAAGCCCGUUUACCAAAUGCUUUAUUCUGGGGGUUCGUUUAAGCUACCUCAAACUUCAGGCCACUAAAAACUACUCAAGUUCAAUAACAAAUAUAGCACACCACACUUUAUUUUACAGACAAACCUGUCUAGCUGCUUUUUCCUGGUCUGCCAUUACAUUUUCAACAAUGCUGAUAAACAAUCUAUCAGGCAAGAGAUGUUGGCUUCAAUGUUGGGAUAUGACCCUGACCACUGAGAAUUGUUAAAGGUGAAGGAAGUGUGAUACGUGAUCUGUAUGCACAUGGUUGUAGGCUAAUUAAUCUAUCAGAUACUGUUUGGAACAAUCGUUUAUUUCAAUGUAUGUGAUGAUAAUUAUACAACGAAUGAGCUCAAUAUCUGUUAAUUGUUAUUGAACGUAACAUUUUAGUUUAGCUUUA